AGACGGAGAUAAAGCUGCUACACACCAAAAUAUUAGUUACUGACCAUGACCAACAUCCAUCAGAAGCCAAAGACUUUAGGGCAACUGCUGACUAUAGUCGACACAGUACUAUUUCUUUUUCUAUAAGGUUAAUUGUCAGUUAGGAUGCAUGGAUUAAUUGUCGUAGUUCACCUUUUCCCAACCUCUCUUUCUUCCUUGAUGUACUAUAUAUGAGAUGGUGGGUCGGAUCACUUGCCAUCUCGAUCACACGCCCACAUGCAGACAUAUAUGUGAUGUGUUCUAGUUAGAUAGAGAAUGAUCAUCCAUGACCUCACCUUCACUUCGCUUCUUCUGAGAUGAUGCAAUAGCAACAAGAUGCAUGUCACAAGGGAGACGACUAAGCUAGUUGGAUCGACCUCAGCUCACCAUCAGCAUCUGCUACUACUACUGCCUUAUUAGCUUGUUGAUGCAUCCUGCAUCCAUCCAUCCAUCGUGCAUGGAGGCAAGUGGCAAAGGCUUGGACAGCUCUACUAUGGAUCAUCAGCUGCAGUCGUCUAGCGGCGAGGCCGAGGAGGAGGAGGAGGAUGCUGCCGCCGAUAUGCCUCCCGGCGGCGGCCGUGACGGGAGCUCCGCCAGCAAUAGCAGCACGGUUGAGCUGCUGGAUGAAGCCGGCGGCGGCGGCGGGGACAGCAGCAGGAACCCAUCGUCGUCGUCGUCGUCGGUGCGCCCCUACGUCCGGUCCAAGAACCCUCGCCUCCGCUGGACGCCGGAGCUCCACCUCUGCUUCCUCCGCGCCGUCGACAGGCUCGGCGGCCAAGAUCGUGCAACUCCCAAGCUGGUUCUUCAACUGAUGAACGUUAAAGGGCUUAGCAUAGGCCAUGUCAAGAGCCACCUCCAAAUGUAUAGGAGCAAGAAGAUUGACGACUCGGGACAGGUGAUAGGUGGUUCAUGGAGAGAUGAUCAUGAGUUGCAAGAGGGGGGUCGACAAGUGUACAACCUCGGCCGUCUUUCCUUGCAUCACGCCCAGACUACUGGUGCUACUACCCUAUUGUCAGCAAGGUUUGGUGCAUGGCCUCAUUAUUGGAACUGGCUUCAUGGUCAUCACCAUCUUCUUGGAUCCAAACCCUACUACUCAUCAGCAGCUGAAGCCGGUGUGUUCCUUACAACUCGUGCUCAUCAGUAUGUUGCCAGAGCUACUUGCAGCAGUGCUCCAGCUUCGAUCCUUCAAGGGCGUUCAUCAUAUCAUCAAAACGAUCAAUUCAUAAGACCACUGCUGCGCGAUGAGGAUUCGGGUAAUCACAACCACCAUGAUCCUCUUGAUCUUGAGCUUGCAUUGGACAUUGGACCGCGGCGGCAGGAUAAUAAGAGAAUAAAGAGGUCAUCAUCAGGUUGUAGCUGGGGCAGAGAAGACGAGGAGAAUGCUGCUAGGGAUAAUGAUCAACAAGUACUGGAGAGUGCUACUGAUACUGGGUUAUCUCUUUCUUUGUUCUCAUCGUAUCCUCCUCCUUUUGUGAGGACCGGUAGUGGCGGUGCCCUAGGUGUCAAUAUGGACAAAGGGAAAGCGCAUCCAACAAGAACAAGUACUCUUGAUCUCACCAUAUGAUCUAGUGCGGUGUGGUGAUAUCUUGUGGUACUUGUCCAUGUGUGUGUAGAGGAAGACACGUAUGCGUACAAAUAUAUAUCUGCAUAGGUAGAGCUAUUAAUCAUGUAUACGUGUAUUGAUCUUUUGAGUUUACCUAUGUUUGUAAGUGGCUACGUCUGAAUUCAUUUUCGAUGUCGUCUUUUAACCA